GGUGGUAGAAUGUAAGCAACCCCCCCAAAAAAAAAGAGUCUGUUGCCAUAGUAACCCCGAGCAAUCGUCUAAGAAUAACUAAUUUAAUGUUCUUAGACCUAUAGAGUUUGAAGAGUGCAAUUAUUCAGGUCUUUCACAGUUUCCUCUUCAGCCAGGUCAUCAUCCCCUGUGCUAAGAAAAAGGAUGUUGUAAUUAGCCCAGAAUGCACUGCAAACUGCAGCUCUUCAGCUCAGGGUUCCACUAAGUUUUAAGGCGGCUUCAAUGCAUCAAAUGCAGUCAGGUUGGUACUAAAGAAGUGCCUUUCCUGACGUCUCUGCUGCUUGGGACCGCUUCUAGAGCCGUCUGUGCUUUUUGCCUUGCUUGCUGCCAGCUAGACUGCGAAGACUGCACAUCCCUCCAGCGCUGCUCCAGCCCACCCCCUCCCUUCCUCACCUGUACUUAGACAUUUUGUGAACUCAUCCUCGUCCUUGGCCUCGGCCUCAGCACCAGGCAUCGCCCCCUGCUGCUUCAUUGUAAAAUCACAGUGUUUUUUUUUUUUUUUACCGGUAUCUCUUUCCUUCUUGAGUGGGGGGAAAAAAAAGAGAACGUUUUUUUUGUUUGUUUUUUACUGCCAUUAAUAAUCAACAAAAAACUUGUCGGGUUUUUCAGUUGUCGCUGCACACUGCUGCAACUCUCUGUGCCAGACUAAUCAAUAAUGAUUGCACCAUAAAAACCCAAUUGCCAACUCCCCUGAGCGAACGAUUACAGGUUUCAGGCGACUCUACUGAAGGCACUGUGAGUUUACCACAGGGGUCUGCCACGUUCUCGGACUUGUGCUGGGCUCUGGUGUUGCGCUUGGAAUGGGUUUCUGAGAGCUCUAGGCUAGUUGUAGGCCACCCCUUCACUUCAGCAAUGAUACUCUCCCACUAAACCUAAAACCGUUUGAAAAAGUAACAGCUCUGUGCUGUGUCAGCUCGACAAAGAAGAUACCUUCUGUCAGUUCACUGAAGUGCGCCACCGCAUAAACGAAGAACGCAGAAGGAGAGCCUUUUAUUUAUUUUUAAGGUACUUUUUUUUUUUUUACUCGAAUCAUACCGCAGAUUGCCUGGAUCUUUCUUUUUUUUUUGUUGUUUUUUUUUGUGUAAAAUUUCAACUACCUAGAAAUUUCAAACAUGGCAGUUAACGUCACGCCGAUUCGGGACACAAAGUGGCUCACGUUGGAAGUGUGCCGAGAGUUCCAGAGGGGAACCUGCUCGCGACCAGACACGGAAUGUAAAUUUGCACACCCUUCAAAGAGCUGCCAAGUGGAGAACGGAAGAGUAAUCGCCUGCUUUGACUCCUUAAAAGGCCGCUGCUCACGAGAAAACUGCAAAUAUCUGCACCCUCCUCCUCACUUAAAAACACAGCUGGAGAUAAAUGGACGCAAUAACCUGAUCCAGCAGAAAAACAUGGCCAUGCUAGCCCAGCAGAUGCAGCUGGCCAACGCCAUGAUGCCUGGUACACAGCUACAACCUAUGCCAAUGUUCUCUGUCACGCCAAGCCUAGCCACCAAUGCUACAGCAGCUGCAGCCUUCAACCCCUACCUGGGGCCCGUGUCUCCCGGCCUGGUCCCUGCGGAGAUUCUGCCCAGCGCCCCGGUCCUGGUCACGGGCAACCACGGCGUCCCUGUGCCUUCUGCGGCCGCCGCCGCUGCGCAGAAGCUCAUGAGGACCGACAGGCUGGAGGUGUGCCGGGAGUACCAGCGCGGAAAUUGCACAAGAGGGGAAAACGACUGCCGCUUCGCUCACCCCUCCGACAGCGCCAUGAUCGACACCAAUGACAACACGGUCACGGUGUGCAUGGACUACAUCAAGGGCCGCUGCUCCCGGGAGAAGUGCAAGUACUUCCACCCGCCGGCGCACCUGCAGGCCAAGAUCAAGGCCGCCCAGCACCAGGUCAACCAGGCCGCUGCGGCCCAGGCCGCCACCGCCGCUGCCAUGACUCAGUCGGCUGUCAAAUCACUGAAGCGACCCCUCGAGGCAACCUUUGACCUGGGAAUACCGCCCGGUGUGCUCCCUCCAUUACCAAAGAGACCCGCUCUUGAAAAAACCAAUGGUGCCGCCACUGUCUUUAAUACUGGUGUUUUCCAAUACCAACAGGCUCUUGCUAACAUGCAGUUUCAGCAACAAACCGCAUUUAUCCCAUCAGGCUCGAUUUUGUGCAUGACACCUGCAACAAGUGUUGUUCCCAUGAUGCACGGUGCUACGCCCGCCACUGUGUCCGCAGCAACAACAUCUGCCACAAGUGUUCCCUUCGCAACAGCCACAGCCGGCCAGGAAUCUCCCUUAUCAAAGUUGACUACCUACGAAUACAUGCAUUUGAUUCCAAUAAUAUCUGCAGAUCAUCUGACUAGCCACAAGUACGUUACUCAGAUGUAGGAAGCUCUACACAGAACAAUCAUACACAAAACGAAAUGUGUGCUGGUGUACCAUUCAGGACAAACGAUCAUCUGUUGUGUAAAUAACAUCGACCAACACAGCUUCCUUCAGUGGGAAAUCAUUGAUGUAAUGCAUGCUAACAACAGUGAGCGAAGGGCAGAAGAAAUGAAUAUAUAUACCGCACACUUGACACCUAUAGUCUAUCUUCAACUAAAUGUAGAGCGGAGUUGAACUGUGUUACUGUCCGGCAUACAGUACUGUCUGCCUUUUCUAAGCAAUAUUGAUGCAUACAUUUCUAUAUAUGCACAAAGGAAUUCAACAUCACACAUUCUGAAUGAAAAGGUUGACAGUAGUGUACUAAAUCCUGUCGAAAAUGUAUUGGUACUUCUGUAGACCAAGAAAUACUUUUUGUUUCAUUUUUAAUUAUUAUGUAUUUCGUUUCAUGGUUUACAAAAAAAGAAAACAAAAGUGCACCUUGUAUUUAAACAAAAAUGCCAAUUAUAGAUGAGUCAAUUGUGCAUGCACAGUGUUCUUUGUGUAGGGGUUCAAUUUUUUUUAACGUAAUAGAUUGUAACAGGAGGUUUAGGAGGUAUAUGACAGAUGAAUGUGCUGAGCAAAAGCCACAACUGUGUAUAUUUUAAAGCACAUCCUGGCUUUAAUUACCAUGUUGUAGGAUACACAUUAAGUGCCAUACACUGUACAUCCAAACUAGAGUAUUAUCCCUGCAGUGUUAUUUGUUUUUACCUUAUCCACAUUUUAUGAUUUUUUUUAAAAUAUAUAUUUUUUGGCUAGUGCUGUUUACUGAUGGCACAGUUACUGGUUUAGUGACUGAAACAUUUCAGAAGUGGUAUCUUCUGCUGGUGACAUGUUGAGGACAGCUCAAACUAGGUUACAGUCAAACCUAACGUACAACACAUUGCAUGGAAACAUAGUAAAACACGCAGUGUACUUUUUCCCUCUAGCAUGAGGAUGCCAUUUCUGAGAUGGAGCACAAAAGGGCCUUGCAGGUUUCUUAGCUCUGAUUUCAUUAGAUACAGCAGUCAACAGACUAUAAAUGCUUUACAGAGAAGACUUUUGCAUUGAGCUGAAUGUUGCAUUCAAGUCACUGUCAAUGAGAUGGAGACUCUAAAUGGAAAGAGAAGAAACACUGUCAGAAGAUGCAUGAUAAACCAAAUCAUUGAGUACAAUGGACAUGUUUAAAGUAGUUACAGGGAGGGAUAUGUGUUCGGGUGAAUUUUAUAUGUGAUUUUAUUUUUAUUAUUAUAAUUAUUAUUAUUAUUUUUUUUUUUAAGAGUAACUGCAUAUAGCCUUAGACAGCCUUUAAGAAAAAAAAAACAAAAAAAGUUUUAUUAGUUGGGUUAUUUUUUUAUUUUUGUUUUUGUUAAUGGGUUCAUCCAAAGGUAUUCCUUUUUUUAAGGUUGUUUUUGCAGCUUGUGAUGAUCAGUGGAGCUCUGUUCAGCGAAGACCUGGGUCGCUGAAGGGGGGGCCAAGUUCCGAGAGUUUAGCACUGAAUCGGAAGAAGUGAGAGUUCUGUUCUAGAAUUUUCCGUACUUCCAAGUGUUUUGCAGGUUUUUAAAAAGAAGAGUGAUGUGUUUCAAAAGUACAGGGAUGAUGUGUUGAUUUUUCCUGAUUGUACUGUACAUCUAUUAAAGCCUUAGAUUACAUUGUGGGUGUGAACCCGUUAAGAUGUAAUUUCAAUCACAAUGUAGGUAGUAAACUCAACAUUUUUAGCAUAGUUCUUACAUCUAGAGUUUUACUUAUUUUAUUUCUCAUUGCAUUUAUAUAUUUUCUUGUUUGUUUCUUACAUUUUAUUAGGUUGUUUUCAUUUUAUAUUACUUAAAGGUUGGAUACUGUUUUAAUAUUUAGUUCAUAGAUUUUUUUGUCUUAUUAGAUUUUACUGAUAACUUUUGUAGAAUAUGGAAUAUUAAAAAUAGUUUUUCUUCAUACCAUACUCAUAGUUUGAAUUUACAUGUAGUGUCAAAUUAAGUAUUCGUAUUGUAAACUAAAUGAUUUUUAUUUUUUAGUGAAAUGUAAGAAUGUCAGUCAUUUCCUUCUCUGGUCUGUUUGCAUUCUUUGAACAAAGAUAUUUUAUAUGGAUAUCUUACAAUGAGGUAAUCAUUGCUAAGAAAUAAAAUAACUUGUUGCUGUGGCAACAAACAUGGCUGACAGUUGAGUAAUAUUUUGAUGAUUUAUUUUGUUUGUAACUAGUCACUGUUAUAUAGAAUAAAUCUAGUUCCUAGAUGUUAGAGUAAAAGUUAUUUUCUACUGUAUCCAUUUCAAAUAGUAAAAUAUUGUUUAAAUAUUUUUAAAUCCCUGGAUGUCAGGCCUUGUUAAAAAAAAAGCUGCAUAAUCAAUAAAUCGAGGGGCUUUGUGAAUAACUAAAAAAAAAAAGUUUACGUAUAGAAAAAUGUAAUCACUGAGCGAGCAAACUCUGAAACGUUGAUUAUGCUGCAUUUGAAAGUGUUGGAGCCUAAGGGAAGAAGGUUGACUUUUUGCACUUCUGUAUAUAGUCAAAAAAGAAAGAAACAUGUAUAAUAAUAAGAUCUUAUUUUGAAUAAAAAAUGUCUAUAAUUAACAAGGAAUUUUGUUAGAUUAUUAAAAAAUAGAGGCUGAACAAAGUUGCUUGCAGGAAGUGGCUUGGAGUUCCACUCCUUACCUCCUUCAGAAAAGGCAAAAUGUUGCUUCUGCUUUUUUGCCAGCAGCUUGUAGUUUGCCAACUGGAAGGAUAAUGACACACCCUCGAGACGCUGAGACCGAAAAACACUGCUCUGAGCCCUCCCUAAGAUCACCUUCGAGAGCAGAUCGUACCUACCACUGGGGUAGAACUAUAAACCAAUGUAUUGUCUUUACAUCAGUCAAACAGAUUGCAUGUUCAAGAAGAAGAGUGUGGAAUAACAGCAAGGUUUAUUUUAAAUCUACAGUAUAAUAUUAUAAAAUACUAAGAAAAAAAUCAGUGGUUCAUUGUUCAGGAAUCUUAAAUACUUUCUCACAAAUUCAGAAAUACAGUAAGAAAGACACGUGUGUAGCUGCAGUGGUCACACAAAUUUGUUUUCUGUUGUAAACUGUACUUUUAGCAGAUGAAACAAAGGUAACAGAAAUCCAACUAGUCAAACUGAUCUCUUCCCUAACCACCUGCAUCUAUAAAACCUACUCGUAAAAGAGCCAAAGUUCUGGUUUCGAUUAAACUAGUGAAGUCAAUCCACUGGUUUUAUCUGAGAGUAUUACAAUUUGGUGAUGCUUGAUAAUGUAUUUCAAACAUUUCUUCAUCUGCUGAAAGGACAGAUCCUUGGAUUUUUCCUAAUGUGUAAUCAAAGACUUACAUUAUUGCUUGUAGUUGCUUAAAUAAUGUACUCUGUCCUCCGCUGCGAUUUGUUUUAUGCUAAUUUUAUUAUUCCUGCUAUAUUUGAUUCUUGCUGUUAUGAAAAAAAACAAUAAAAAAUACAUAAAAUAAAGAGGAUUUGCUCUAAAAUUGA